GGAAGUAGCGCCGUAGUGCAGCGAGCAGCUGGUUUCUAGGAGAUAUUUAGACAUAAAGCGUGUAAUGUGAAGCCGUUAACCCGCCACCAGGGAGGAAAUGAUGCCUUAAUGUAUUUCAUACCUGAGGCCAGCAUUAGAGAGACUUGCCGUCCGUACGUGAUCCAGAUGAGGCAUGCAGGAAGUAUGCAUCCUAAGAGAGACGCUGGAGUCUGGCACCAGACCAGAAGUCUCCUCUACAAGAACCUGCUCAUCAAGUGGAGGACCAAGCAGCAGAGUCUCCAGGAAGUGAUCCUCCCUCUGCUCCUGCUGGGCCUCCUGGUCCUCAUCAGCAUCCUGAACCCUCCCGUCUACUAUGGAGGCAUCAGCACCAUGGAGCUGGAGAGGGACGACCACUUCUUCAAGGGGCUGGGCUACACGCCCAUCACCAACAUCACCAACCACAUCAUGGAGGAGGUGGCCCAGGAGAUGCACAUGCAGGAUCACCUGGACAUGUUUGCCAGCGAGGAGGACCUGGAGAACGCCAGCCUCUACGAGCCGUCCAGCUACGUUGGUGUUGUGUUCAUGGACAGCUCGGCCACGUCGUACAGGCUACGCUUCCCCUACAACCAGCUGCCCUUACCCAGCGACUACACCGAGUCCAUCGCCAACUGUUUCACCAGCUCGGUGAACUGCAGAGCAGCUAACUACUGGUACUCUGGCUUCAUCCGCCUCCAGUCUCUGAUCGACGCCGCCAUCAUUCAGAUGCAGACGAAGCGUGCGGUGUGGAGUGAGAUGGACCUGAAGGUGGUGAUGAUGGGGCAGCCCGGCUCCGUGGAGGUGCAGAAGUUCCCCCACGCCCUCAUCUCCAUCUACCUGGUGCUGGCCUUCACACCCUUCGUCACCUUCCUCAUCGUCAACGUGGCGGCGGAGAAGGAGCAUCGACUCAAAGACACCAUGACCAUGAUGGGGCUCUACGACACGUCCUUCUGGUUGUCGUGGGGCCUGCUCUAUGCUGCUCUGGUGACCACCAUGUCCAUCCUGAUGUCCAUCAUUGCUACGUACACCGCUCUCUUCCCCUACAGCAACUUCUUCGUCAUCUUCUUCCUCAUCUUCCUCUACGGGAUAUCUUCAAUCUUCUUCUCCUUCAUGCUGACUCCGCUGUUUAAGAAGCCUAAGUUUGCCAGCACGGUGGGCUCCAUGCUGACGGUGGUGUUCGGCUGUCUGUCUCUGUUCACCGUCCUGAUGAAGGACUUCCCCCAGCCGCUGGUCUGGCUGCUCUGCCUGCUCUCCCCCAGCGCCUUCUCCAUCGGCAUCGCUCAGGUGGUGUACCUGGAGGCUCAGGGAGACGGUGCUGUGUUUUCUACCCUGGCUAACGGCCCCCACCCUCUCUACGUGCCCCUCCUCAUGCUGGUGGUGGACUGCAUCCUCUACCUGGUGUUGGCGGUUUACCUGGACCAGGUGCUGCCUGGGGAGUUUGGGAUGAGGAGGUCCUUGGUCUACUUCCUGAAGCCGUCCUAUUGGUCCAAACGCAGGAAGAGAUAUGUGGAAGUGAGUUCUGUGUACGACGCCGAGGUGAAGGGCGCCACCGGUGGCGACGAGUCCGUCGAGCCGGUUUCUCCAGAGUUCAGAGGGAAAGAAGCCAUCCGCAUCAGUAACAUCCACAAAGUGUACAAAGAGAAGGACAACGUGGUGGAGGCCCUGAGAGGUCUGACCUUUGACAUCUACGAGGGCCAGAUCACGGCCCUGCUGGGCCACAGCGGAGCGGGGAAGUCCACUCUGAUGAACAUCCUGUGUGGGAUCUGCCCGCCCACCAGCGGCGCCGCCUCCAUCUACGGCACGCCGGUGGCCGAGGUGGCGGACGGCUCGGAGAUGAAGCAGCUGGUGGGAAUCUGCCCUCAGUUCAACAUCAUCUUCGACGUUCUCACGGUGGAGGAACAUCUACGCAUCUUCGCCGCCAUCAAAGGGAUCCCGCCGUCGGACAUCGACGCGGAGGUUACCAAAGUGCUGAAGGAUCUGGACUUGGAGAAGAUCAAGACUGCUCAGGCCAAGAAUCUGAGUGGAGGCCAAAAGAGGAAACUCUCUGUGGGAAUCGCUAUUCUGGGAGAUCCUAAGAUCCUGCUGCUGGACGAGCCCACGGCGGGCAUGGACCCCUGCUCCAGGCACCAGGUCUGGUCCCUGCUGAAGAGCCGCCGAGCCGGCAGGGUCACCGUCCUCAGCACGCACUACAUGGACGAGGCUGAUAUCCUGGCUGAUCGUAAAGCUGUGAUCUCUCAGGGCCAGCUGAAAUGUGUCGGCUCGUCUCUCUAUCUCAAAGUCAAGUGUGGUGUUGGAUAUCACCUCAGAAUGUCUAUAAAUGAAAGAUGUGAGGCUGAAAGCGUCACGUCGCUGGUCAAGCAGCAUGUUCCCAAAGCAAAGUUAUCUCGGCAACACGAGGCGGAGCUGACGUUCACUCUGCCGUUUGAGAGCAUGGACACGUUUCCAGGUUUAUUCUCGGAGCUCGACUCUCAACCCAAAAUGGGAAUUAUCAACUACGGGGUCUCCAUGACAACGCUGGAGGAUGUUUUCCUUCGUCUGGAGUCCGAAGCUGAAGUGGACCAGGCUGACUACAGCGUGUUUAACCGUGAGCAGGUGGAGGAUGAGUGUGAUAACUCGUCUGUGGACGACACGGACCAGCGGCUGCUCACCUUCUCAGACAACAAGUCCGACGUGGUGACGGGUCACGCUCUGUGGCGGCAGCAGUUCAGCACCGUGGCCUGGCUGCACAUGCUCAACAUGAAGAGGGAGAGGAAGGCCUUCAUCUACACCCUGGCCUUGUUCCUGGUGUUCGUGGCGGCCGUCCUGGUCCUGUCCGUGUUCACAGGAAACAUCCAGAUUCAGUCUCCAGACCGCCAGUUCCUGCCCAUUUACCUCCUGAAGAAGAACCAGGCACCUGGGAGGUACGCCUCCAGCCUCCUGGUCCACAACUCCUCAGGCUCUGAUAUUUCUGACUUCAUCCACAACCUGGACUCUCAGGACAUCAAGGUUGAUCUGAUGAAACACAGCGACUACAUGUCUGCAGCGCCGCACAGCGCCGCCAUCAACGUCACCGGCUCCAGCAAGGGUUUCAGGUACAGUGUUGCCUUUAACAGCACCACGGUCCACUCCCUGCCGAUGGCUGUGAACAUCCUGAGCAACGCUCUGCUCAGAGGUCUGAACGGGACUGGACGGAUCAGGACCUGGACCAAACCUUUCGAUUAUGUGAGUAUUUGUGUGAGUGAGGGCUCAGAUCUGAUCUAUUCUGUUCCCUUUCACCAUUUAAACCAGGGAAUAAAUAUAUAUAUGUGGGUUGACUCCUCUCUUUGUCUCUUCCUGCUGGUCCAGAUCAAGUGUCGGUCCACGCUGCGUAUCUCGGGCCUGGUGCCUUCAGCCUACUGGUGUGGCCAGGCAGCAGUAGAUAUCCCCUUCUACUACCUCAUCCUCUCCUCCAUGACCAUCAUCCUCUUCUGCUUCCACACGGGGAACCUGCUCACCUCCAGCAACCUGACGGCUGUGGUCCUGUGUACUGUGGGCUUCGGUCCAGCCAUGAUCCUCUUCACAUACGUCUUUUCUUUUGGCUUCGCCCGAGUCCAGAGCAACAGGGACUUCUUCUCCGUCAUCUCCAUGAUGGUGUGUGUGGUGUCCGCCUCGCUGGUCCAGCUGUUGAACGACAACCCCGGACUGACCAGGAACCUGCACAACAUCUUGUGUUUCUUCAACCCUCUCUACCCUCUGAUGGGCUGCCUCAACUGCAUCACCAAGGCAACCUUCCUCCCCACGCAGUACGAGGAGAACUUCCUGUGGAAAAACCUGCUCAUUGCAGUAGUAGCUCCUUAUCUCCAGUGCAUCCUGCUGCUGUUUCUGCUCCGUUGGCUGGAGAUCCGCUACGGAGGACGGACCAUGAAAAACGAUCAGUUCUGCAGGAUCUCAUCCAAGUCGAAGCCCAAAGUGGAGAAGAACCCAGAAGAAGGUGUGAACGAGGAUGAGGAUGUUCAGAUGGAGAAGGCUCGAGUGAAGGAGGCUCUCACCUGCCAGUCCUGUGAAGAGAAGCCAGCUGUGGUUGUGAGUAACCUGAGGAAGCAGUACAAAGGCAGAAGAGAAGGAUUUUCUCUGAACAAGAGGAGGAAAGUAGCCACGAAGAACAUCUCCUUCUGUGUUCGUAAAGGUGAAGUUCUGGGACUGUUGGGCCCCAACGGAGCAGGAAAGAGCACCAUCAUGCACAUGUUGUCAGGGGACACUGAGCCCACUGCAGGCCAGGUGCUGAUGGGGGACUACAGCACCGAGUUUCGUCCCGUGGACUCUCCUGUGGAACAUGUGGGCUACUGUCCUCAGGUCAACCCUCUGUGGCCCAGAAUCACCCUGCAGGAGCACCUGGAGAUCUACGCCGCCAUCAAGGGCCUGAGAGGACACGACGUCCCCGGGAUCAUCAAACGUGUGGUGAACGCUCUGGAGCUGAAGGAUCACCUGAACAAACAAGCCAAGACCCUUUCAGCAGGACUCAAGAGGAAGUUGUGCUUCGCCUUGAGUAUGAUCGGGAAUCCUCAGAUCGUCUUACUGGACGAGCCGUCAUCAGGGAUGGACCCCAAGUCUAAACAACGCAUGUGGAGGGCCAUUCGUGCUGCUUUCAAGAACCGCCAGCGUGGAGCCAUCCUCACCACCCACUACAUGGAGGAGGCGGAGGCCGUGUGUGACCGGGUGGCCAUCAUGGUGUCCGGCCAGCUGAGAUGUAUCGGAUCCAUCCAACAUUUAAAAGGGAAAUACGGUCGGGGUUACAGUCUGGAGGUGAAACUCCGAGAGGAGCUGACGGGGCUCCAGCAGGUGGCGCUACUGCACAAAGAGAUCCUCCGAAUCUUCCCUCACGCUGCCCGCCAGGAGAGCUUUGCUACUCUGAUGGUUUACAAGAUCCCCAUGGAGGACGUCAAGUCACUGUCAAAGUCUUUCUCUCAGCUAGAAAGUGCCAAGCAAACCUUCAACUUUGAAGAGUACAACUUCUCCCAGUCGACCUUGGAGCAGGUGUUCAUGGAGUUUGCCAAGGAGCAGGAGAACGAGGAGGAGGAGGUCGGUUCCCUCAGCACAACGUUCCAGUGGCAGCGUCUCCGCCAGGACGGCUCCGUCCCCGUUAACCACACAGACAGCAUCGUGCACCAGCUCUGAACUCACAGCUGAGAGGGGACAGGACCAGGACCAGGACCCACCAGGACCAGGACCAGGACCGACCCCCCCGACCCACCGGGCCUCUUAGCGCCUGAGGGCCCCACCACGCCAGCACUCGUUAGCUCCACACAAACCCACCGCCACCGCCCUGAAACGGAUGGACAGACCCGGGUGGGAGCGAGCGUAGUGUGUGUGUGUGUGUGUGUGUGUGUGCAUGUAUGUGUGUGUGUGUGUGUCUGGGUCUGAGGUGUGUGUGUGUAGCCCUCCUCCACUGGUGCUCCGUGUUUUCUCCGACCCCUGACCCAGGGGCCCGUGGUCUUUCUCGACACCUCCUCCUCUUUCUAACGGGGUUUUUUAUCUUCACAGGGAGUCAGUGAAAGGAAAAAAAAAAAUCUAUAUCUCUAUAAAUAAUAUGUAAUAUUUCUGCUUUGUAAUCCUUUCCAUCCGUCGUCCUCUGCAGGAGGUUAACAGCCGUGUGUUGGCUCGUCCCUUCAGAUGUUUCUGUCUGUCGUGUUCCUCAAACUGUUUUUUACCAGAACUAGGAUCCAUCCACGAUUUUACCAAAGCAGCACAUCUCUGAACCACAAACUACCACAAACUACCAUACUACUAACACUACCACACCACCACACUACUAACACCUCCUCACACGGACUGACACGUACCUGUUGUUGUUGUUUUGGUGUCAGUAGCAUGUGCAAUAGUUUGCAUACUAGUCCUACUGUUGAUGUGAGGCAAUGGAACGAGGAGAUAAUGUACGGGUUGAAAUAUGUGCCACCAGAAACUAAAUUUGAAUUAUUUGUAUUUGAAUUUGAAUUGCUUAACUUGAAGAAUUGCAUUAAAAAACUGAAUUUUUGAAUCACGUAAUUUGAAUUUGUAUUGUUCAGUUUGAAUCAUUGCAUUGAAAAACUGAAUCUGAAUUGUAAUUUAAAAAUUGUAUUUAUUAUUUUUGAACUGAACAUUCAGUUCUCACAAUUCAGAUUCAGUUCGAAAAGUUGAAUUUCAAUUUUCUGCGACGAACAUCCGGGUAGUUGAGGCAGAGCAAUCGAGCACAGAAAACGGAGGUGCUGAUUGGCCGAAGAGGCGCUAUGGCAACUGGGUAGCAACAAAUGUUACAAAAAAAAAAACAGAGGUGCUGAUUGGCCGAAGAGGCGCUAUGGCAACCAGGUAGCAACAAAUGUUACAAAAGAAAACAGAGGUGCUGAUUGGCCGAAGAGGCACUAUGGCAACCAGGUAGCAACAAAUGUUACAAAAGAAAACAGAGGUGCUGAUUGGCCGAAGAGGCACUAUGGCAACGGGGUGGCAACAAAUGUUACAAAAAAAAACGUAGGUGCUGAUUGGCCGAAGAGGCGCUAUGGCAACCGGGUAGCAACAAAUGUUACAAAAAAAAAAACAGAGGUGCUGAUUGGCCGAAGAGGCGCAAUGGCAACCAGGUAGCAACAAAUGUUACAAAAAAAAAGAAAACGGAGGUGCUGAUUGGCCGAAGAGGCACUAUGGCAACGGGUAGCAACAAAUGUUACAAAAGAAAACAGAGGUGCUGAUUGGCCGAAGAGGCGCUAUGGCAACCGGGUAGCAACAAAUGUUACAAAAAAAAACGGAGGUGCUGAUUGGCCAAAGAGGCGCUAUGGCAACCGGGUAGCAACAAAUGUUACAAAAGAAAAAAAAACAGAGGUGCUGAUUGGCCGAAGAGGCGCUAUGGCAACCGGGUAGCAACAAAUGUUACCAAAAAAAACGGAGGUGCUGAUUGGCCGAAGAGGCGCUAUGUUCGUCGCAGAAAAUUUAAAUUGAAUUUUGCAAACUGAAUCUGAAUUGUGAGAACUGAAUGUUCAGUUCCAAACUAAUAAAUUAAAUUUCAAAUUACAAUUCAGAUUCAGUUUUUCAAUGCAAUGAUUCAAACUGAAAAAUACAAAUUCAAAUUAUGUGAUUCAAAUUCAGUUUUUUAAUGCAAUUAUUCCAUUUAACCCUCUGGGCUCUGAGCCUAUUUUGGCCGUUUUUGAAUACUUUUGAUUUUGCCCUUCAUGUACCACAUAAAAAAAUGUUUACUAUACUCAUAUUUAGUAUCCAUGUUUUCUUCACCUAUAUGAUCUGACAGUUAUUUAACUACUUUAUCAACAUAUUGAGCCCAAAAAUGAUGAAAUCCGAGUUGAAAAAUUAUACUAUUUAAUACAAUAAAAACCACAAAUAUGCUCAAUGAACUGUUUUGGAACUUGAAAAUGUAAACACAGGAUACAAAUAUGAACAUAUAAAAAGGUAAAAAUAAAAAUAAAACUAUAUACAAAAAAGUCCCAUUAAAACAUGUAUAUUAAUAGACUUUUUUCCCUUUGUUAGCUGCACUAGCUAACCUCGCUCAAAUUAAAACGAUCAUAUCUUUGGUUUUACAUGAGCUAGGAAUGUCAAACAAAAACUGGGAGAAAGUUUCAGGUCUGAACUUUGGAGUGAAGUUGAUAGCAGCGCUCCAUGUGACCUGGUUUUUUUGUUAAACGUCAC